CAAGAGUCAAGGCGAUCAACGCCAUCCUGUGUGGAAUGAAUGUUUUGAUUUGAUUCUCUGGAAUAAAUCAGCAUAUAAAUCAUGUUCUUAUUUAAUGAGAUGCAACUGUGCAUUUCCCAAAAUGUCAACACAGUCAUAUAGAAAUAUGCAUAUCAUAUAAAUAUAAAAUAUGCAAAAUAUUAGACAUGUAUCGCAUUUGAAAAAAUUAACAACAUGCAAGCUUUUUCUAAAUACCUUCCUAGUUUGUUUUUUUUAAACUAGAACAGUAAUACAUUUUAAUCUUUUCAGUGUGAGCCACAAAUAUGACACAUUUUAACUCAAUAUCUACUAUAACAGUGUAAUUUAAAUUAAGUAUAAAUAACUUAAGUCCCUAAACCAAAUCUUGUGGAACACCAGUCAUUUAUCUACAGUGUAAUUCAGUGUUAUUACAACAUAGUGGAAAUGAUUAUUCUUGUUGUGCCAUCUCAGUGUUAAAAAGCACUUCUUAUGUCCUAAUGUUCCACUUUGUGUGUUGGUGAAGAAUGAUUAGUUAUGUCAGAUAUUUUACAUGAAUCAUUUAAAACACCUGUAUUGUGUCUUUCCUACAGCUGCUGAUACAUUUUCUGCACGAUCCGUUGAUGCCGAAGAUGUUGAUCGUUUCUCCAUGAACCCGUAUUGAUGAUCACCCAGAGACUCUUCAGUUGGACCAGUUCGCCUGUUCUCCUGUCGCGAUGCUUGGCUUACAAGGAAAUGCUUCAUCCCCCAAAGUGUACCGCUGCGUGGCCUGUUCCGCCACCUUCAACGGACUGGCCUCCUUGCUUGUACAUCAAGCAACCCAUGCAAACGUAGCCUCCAAGGACCCUGACCUUCCGUCAACAGAGGUCAACCACAGCCUGUAUAAUGCGCCGUCCGAGAGCACGGGCUCGUCCAGUGAGCACCCCGGUUCGGAGAAAGCCUCGCCCGAUAGCCCGUCUUCAUUCUACAUCUGUGAUUGUGGAGAGGAAUUUCAAGACUUCCCUCUCAUGCUGGAGCAUAAACGUUCGCACGCCCCUCAGCUGCAGCAGCCCCUUCAUAAUAACACCACUCCACAGCUAUCAUUUUCUCCUGCCAGCCAGUCAGAUGUGGUCCUCAGUUGCCCAUCUACCUCCAUGUCCCCAGCUGCUGAACUGCCCAUAUUACCAGCCCUCAAAGCAGAUGUGAGCCAGACAGAUGGGAUUGCCAUAGUAACCUCUCCUCAAGGCCAGUGUGCACUCUUUCAAGAGGAGGAAGGCUUUGAGGACAUGUCGGCAACCGUGGAGAAAAUGCCAGAGAUUGAUGAGGACAUGCACUUUCAGGUCAAUACAAAUUCAGUGGACGGUGCUGAAAUGACAGAGUGCACGCCCAGAAACGACGCCCUCAUGGACAUCCUGGUAUCGACGUACUCACCGUGUCAGUCUCCGAAUCAGAAUGAAGACUUGGUGAUCCCAAAGCACGAAGUUCUACCUGUCGACAUAACACCAGUGCCAAAAACCGCACAGGCGCCUAUUCACGAUCUUUCUGUUGCACAGCUGAGGCGACUUCUUGCAAAACCUGGUAUAAAAACAAAAUCUCCAUCAAUCAGUAAAAUUCUAGAUUCCAGUAGGAAGAAGGUUGUGUCUCUAACGAAGACUUUCUCUCCUGUUGUUCUUCUCGAGACUCGCAACACGCUUAUGGAUCCAAGUAAUCAUAAGACGUAUGGGAGAUACCAGUGUGGCCGUUGUCGUAGGGUCUUUCAGAACCUCAACAGACUGACUGAGCAUCAUUUCUUACAUAAAAAAGAGAGAAUUAAAUGCUGUCGGCGUUGCAAGCAGCUCAUCAUUGGACGGAUGCCUUUACCUGAUAAUCACGUGUGCCCUCAGUUUGCAAACAGGAGCAAACAAUCAUCAGGGUCUUUAAAAGUAAAACUCCCAUUUCCUCAAAAAAUAGUGCCGUUCCAUGGUCUCAGCAGUACAAAGAAAGUUUUCUUUUGUCCGUUGUGCAAGCACAGCUACGCACGGCGGUGGAACCUGAAAACGCAUAAAUGUCAGGGUCCGCAGUCUUCCUUAGUUCAGUCUCGUUUCUCAGUUCACAAUAUGCUGUCUCUAAAAAAUCCAAACAUGCACAACUCUGACAAGGUUCAAUCUGAAUUCAUGAAAAUUAAGACUGUUGGUGUGGGCACUGAACCGGCUGCUGUUAAACUUGAGUCGACCUCGCCAGAGCAGCUUCUGGUCUCUCAUGUGGCCUGGACACACCCAGCAAAGCAAUUUUCCCCAUUCUCCGCCAAAUCUUCCAUCGCUGAGCCGCACGUGGACUCCUCACUGCCUGGGAUUUCACCUCAGCAAGGAGAGAAUAACUGGGAUUCGCAGGAAGUGAAGGGCAGUCAGGGCCAGUGGUUAAUGCCCUUGGAUGAAGAAAUGGAAAUGUUAAGUUCUGCAGGGAAAGCUGGAGAGAAUAGCAAAGCUGAGCGACCGAUGGUGGUUCAGCACACGGAGAUGACAGGUCAUGGGCUCCGUUAUUUUGUCAAAGACGGCGUCAGACGUUACCCCUGCAGCAGGUGUCAGAAAACCUACAGUCGGGCAUCGACUCUGAGGCGCCAUCUGCGACUGUGUGGGUUUAAGCCGCGAGGGUUUGGGGCUGGGUCACAGAGUGGAGGCCAGGGAGCCAUAACACUAAAUGCCGGCCUUGCGAAGCCAAUGUUUGCGUGCUUUGUGUGUGGGAAGACCUUCAAUCGCAAAGAUAACAUGAUGGUUCAUAGAAGGAGAUGUCAGUUGCAGAGAACAGUGGCAAAUGUUGAAGUGGGGCCAGUGCGGCAGAGUGUUCCCUCCAACACGACAGACAGUCCAGCCCAGGAGGAUGACGGUGGUAACUGGGGCAUCAUGUCACUUCCAUCUGUUCUUCCAAGGAGAGUGACGUGUGAGUGUGGGGUCGGAUUUACGUCUCCCAGACUCCUCCUUGAGCACUUACAGAAGCAUGCGCAAGAAUCCUACACAUGCCCCACGUGUGGAGAGACUGUCAAGUCGUGGGCAGACUAUGAAGUGCACCUGCAAAUCCACAUGCAUUCUCAUAACCAGUUGCUGACGGGAUUGCAGCCGCAGCGAUCUCAACCUCUGUUGCUUCGAUUUCAGCAACAGCAACAACCUCAGCCGCUGCAGCAACAACCUCAGCCGCUGCAGCAACAGCAGCAGCAGCAUCAGUCGCCACGACCUCCUCAGUCAGCACAUCCACAGCCUCAGAAGCACCGCCCCGCACAGCUGCUGAAUCCAGCCAAGAAGCAACAGCGGAUUGUGUGCUCCCGAUGCAACAACACUUUCGCAACUCGCUGCUCCCUUCGGAGGCACUUAUCUUGGAAUAGAUGCAAAGGAGUACGAAUUACAAAUCAGUUUGCAAAUCCACCGAAAGCCUAUCACUGCUCCAACUGCAACUCUGACUUUCCAAACGCCGUCAGCCUGAUGUUUCACCAAAGGAGCGGAGCCUGCAAGCCCACCAUCAAGCCUGUCCGCUGCCCCGUUUGUCUUCGCUGGUUUGGUGCUGUGGACAGUCUUCAGAAACACUUGCUGACUCACAAACAAUCAGAUGCUUAUCGCUGUGACGUCUGCAAUGGGACUUACCCAAACCUGAAAUCACUCAAAAACCACCGUCGAAGGAUCCAUCGCAUCCUGAUUGGAAAUACUAAACCAAACACACAAGAACAGCAGGCAUCCUAAUGGCGCUUAUUUCGUCGCUGGUAAAUGUCCAGCGUAAAAGUACUCUGUUCCAAUUUGCCAGUUUUGCUUUUUAUUACCUUUCAGGAUUUAUUCAGUUUGGUGCAAACUGUUUGAAGUAACUUGUAAAUAUUAGUUGUUUGCAGUUGUAAUAAGAAAAAGUUUGAUAUACUUGCAUACUUUAGUUUUUCCAACUUGUCUUAUACAGCGUAGCUUCAUUAGCCUGCAAAUAGUUUGAACAGUUUUUAACCACACUACCUUAGAGUUGUUGCUGUAACUUGUUUGUGUUGUGGGUGGAAAUAAACAGUAUGUGGAACAU